AGGAGAUCGCAGAGGGAGGCAAGAGCAGCGAUGGAACAACACCUGCAGUUGCUUUCCAAUUCUGAACGGAAACUGCAAAACGAAGCGUUGCCGCCGGACGUCUUGAAAGUGAUCGUCGUCAAAGAGGAGCGGCAGGAGUGGAGCUCCGGCACGGAGGAAGAGGAGGAGCCGCGGGCGGCCCCCGUUAAGGACGAAGAGAACGAACUCAGGGAGGCGGAUCGCAACGACGUCUCGUCGACAGGCGUCCCGGUGAAGAGCGAAGACGGCGAGCCUCACACGUCGCUCCGAGCCAGCCGGGCGGAACGGGACGGAGGGUCAGAAACGGACCCUCGUUUGGAUCCGCCGUCGUCGCCCUCGUCUGAAACGGACGACAGCGACGAGACAAACGAACGUCUGGCGAGCGGGGAGGCGAGACGCCACGCCGGCGAGAAACGCUUCAGCUGCUCCGAAUGCGACAAUACCUUCGACCACAAGCGCAACCUGAAGAGACACAUGCGGCGGCACACGGGCGAGAAACCCUUCUGCUGCCCGGUGUGCGGCAAAACAUUCCGUCAGCGCUCGAACUUAGUGGUGCACUCGCGCACUCACACGGGGGUGAAGCCUUUCUCCUGCUCGCUGUGCGACACCAGCUUCAGCCAGCGCAUCUCGCUGGUGCUGCACGUGCGGACGCACACCGGAGAGAAGCCCUUCCCGUGCUCGGUUUGCGGCGAGCGCUUCUCUCGGAAGGGCACCGUGAUGUCGCACAUGCGCCGCCACACCGGCGAGAAACCCUUCGGCUGCGCCGCGUGUGCCAAGCGCUUCGCGUUCAAGUGUCAGGUGAGCAAGCAUAAGUGCGCCGGGGCCCACAGCGGCGGCAAAUGAGAGAAGCGGCAGCGAUCGAGGCGACUCGGACGCCUGAGCCCCUUUCACGCUGCCUUACCGGCAAAUUGGCACUUCAGAGACGGCGGCAGAGUGCGUCUGAUAGUGGCCGCUGGGCAGCGCAAGCAAGCACUUUACACUAGCGCACAUUUACUACAUUUACAACCUCAGUGAUCAUUUGUCCCCAGGAAAAUGGAUUUAUUUAUUCCCAACAGUCUCUUCCAGUACUGUAUGUGGAUUCUUUUAUUUUUCCUCCCAUCAGAUUUCAACCUCCGGUGUGUUGCCAGUCAGAAUUCAGAUGAAUUCCAGCGCGCCGGACCUCAAUGAUGUCAGGACUUUUCGGUGCUGUGAUUGGUUGGUCAGAGCAAGCCGAGUUGGACUAGCGUAACACAUCUGUCGCGAUCGGCGUACAUUAAUAUAUUUAAUAAUAAAGCAUUUCUGGUGAGUGUACUGUAUUUGUAUGUUUUAUAUGUCAUGUAAGUUAAUUUUUUUGGGUUGUCAUCGUGUUAUUAGAUCAACAUUAAUUGGAUGAUGUGCGUGGCACUGCUGCAAGCUGUUGUAUUGCGUUAUUGCAUAGUAUUGAUGGCUUGUACAAUCGCCUUGAUGUGAUAGCGGUGCUACGAAGAGGUGGAUUGAUUCGGGGAAAUCACGACCGAGGGCCCAGGUCACCAAAUUCCCGGCUCGCGGCUUUGUGCAACAGACAAUUAAAUGGGUAGCGACGUUACGGAGAGGGACGAUUGCUUUCAACCCAAAGAGGCGUGGCCAGUGAGUCUUGGGUGUUAAACUCGGCUACAAUGUCUCGUCUUCCUCGUCUUCCAAACGCGCUACGCUACGGAACCCAAGAUGAGACCGGCUAGCACGUUGAACAGAAACAUGCAA